CCCCGAGCUACCGGCCUGCAACACUAUUCUUAACGGCUUCAGUCCGCCUCUCCUUGCCUACUCGGCUCGUCUCUCCUUCGUCCCCGCCGCCGUCGACCCUGCCCGCUCCUUCUCGCUGCUCACCGUGCCACUUUUUUUGACCACCAGCCCGCGUAAUUCAUGGCCCCAGGAAUAAUGUGUUUUGGCAAGAAACCCGACGACCCAGACUCCAGGAAGAAUGAAGAGAUCGAGAAGGGCCUGCGCGCCGACAGGAAGCGCCAGGAGCGCGAGGUCAAGCUGCUGCUGCUGGGAGCUGGAGAGAGUGGCAAGUCUACCGUGCUCAAGCAGAUGCGAGUGAUACACGCCGGCGGAUUCAGCAAAACCGAGCGAAAGCAAUGGCGCGCCAUAAUAUUCAACAAUCUGGUCACUGCCUACCAGACCAUCUUCUCCGCCAUGCAAGAGCAAGAGACCAACUUCGAAGACGAGGACAAUGAGGCGUACGCAAACCUCAUAAACGCCGACCCAGAGAUUGGCCAGGAAGAUCCGAUGCCUCUGGAAUGUCUGACUGCCUUCAACAACCUAUGGGCCGACAAAGGAGUGCAGCUGGCAAUCCUCAAGGGCAACCAAUACGCGCUGCACGACAAUCUCAGCUACUUCAUUGGCGACAUGGACCGCCUUUUCGCCAAAGACUACAUGCCCACCGAUCAAGAUAUAUUACGAACUAGGCUAAGGACAACGGGAAUCACGGAAACGAUAUUCGACCUCGGAAACCUGACAUACCGCAUGUUCGAUGUUGGUGGUCAACGGUCAGAGCGGAAAAAGUGGAUACACGUCUUUGACAAUGUGCAAGUUGUGCUCUUUUUGGUCGCUAUCAGUGGCUACGACCAUGUUCUAGUGGAAGAUCGGAACGGGAACCAAAUGCACGAGGCCCUCAUGCUGUUCGAAUCGAUAUCGAAUUCGAGGUACUUCGAGAAGUCGGCCCUGAUCCUUUUCCUCAACAAGAUCGAUCUAUUCAGGGAGAAGAUAUCCAGUGGCAUGAGCCCCAUCCACAAGAUAUUCCCAGACUACACGGGCAAAAUUACCGACAUUGAGGCCGGCCAGGAGUUCUUCGCAAACAAGUUUAGAAACCUUGUGCGGCAACCGAAGAAGGAAGUCUACGUACAUUACACCAACGCGACCGAUACCGAUUUGCUCAAAAAGACCAUGGCUUCAGUGCAAGAUAUGAUUGUACAGCGAAACCUCAACGCGCUGAUACUGUGAGUCGGCUUAUAAGCAUCUUGAUUCCCGUAUAACCACCGAAUUUCCGAAGGCCCUGGAGCCAUAUCACACGGCACAGCGAGCCGAGGAACCCCCUUCGAUCCCCGUUCUCAAGCGAUCUGGUAUGCGAUUCGUCACUACCGCCGGACUCCGCUUCUUUA